UAACUUUUCUUUUAUAGAAAUAACAGAAUUUAUCAAAUAUGUUAUAGUGUUGUAAAAAAUUUGAAAUUCAAACUAAUUUUAUUCGACAGUGACGGUGUAAAGUGGUGUGAAUUUAUUACAAAAUCAAUAUAUUGUAAUAAUGAAUUCAGUUUUUGGUGUUAAUAUACAAGUUUUUUGUUUAUAUUUGUAUCUGUUUAUCGGUUAUUCUCAUAGUGAAAUCGUCAUCACAGGGAAUGAAGGCGAUACAGUUUCGUUACCGUGCCAUAAUUUGUUAAACAAAAAUCAAAAAUGGAUUCAAACCUACAUAAAUGGUGCUACAGGUGGUGUAAUUGGCAUGAUACGUGAACCGUACGGUCUGAAUAAAACUUAUUUCACAAUGAACUUGGAAAAUUUCGAUAAUGAUACUGAAGUUAAUUGUGUUACCAAUAAUACUAUUCCGAUUUUUAAUAAAUUAUGGGAUAUUACUAAAUUUCGGAUACAGGUAUUAAAGAAUACUAAUUUAAGUAGAACUGAAGAUUUUGAAAUUCAACAUUUCUCUCUAAAUCAAAACGUGAUAUUUAGCUGUCGGCAAUAUAUCGGAGAAAAUAACAAAAACGUUAUAGAUACUCGAAUAGGUUUGAUAAACAUAACUUCUAAUAUAUUACAAAUAUUUCAAACGACAUUUGCGAAGAGGACUUUUAGCAUGGAAAACAACAGUACUGCAAUGUUAUGCUGUAUACAAUACCAAGUGCAAAGAACGAGAGACGAGGUCACAAUCACAAGAUAUGUUAGAAAAAAAACAUUGUUAGUUUAUGAUGAGAACUACCGAUAUUAUAAUGAUCAAGAAGCUUGGAAAAACCUAGAAGAUGGCCAACAAACAUAUAUUUAUAUAAUAGCUGCGGUUGCACUGAUAGUCUUAUUACUCAUUUUGAUACUCGUUGUUAUUUAUAGAAAAUGUUGCCACAAAAGGAAUGGUGGCCAGUCUAACGGAAUGAAUAGCAGGGUUUUAUACGCCGACCUGGACUUACAGAGGCAAGGCAGCCCUCCCCGACCGCCGAAAAAAGAAGAAUCACCUUACGCGUGUAUCAUAGGAGAAUUGGGUUUUGGUUCUAAACCAAAAACAUAAAAAACACUUAUGGAACUGCUACCCGCACCCGGAUAAAAAGAAGUAUAUUCUAACUUCAGCCUCUGAAAAUUUUUAUCAAAAUCCAUACUAGUUUUUGCGUGACAGACAGAGGAACAUACGUCCAUACAUAUAAACUUUCGCAUUAAUUAUAUUAUUUUGAAGGAUUAUAACGCUAGAGAGUUUGUUUGGUAGCAACAACUAGAUAGUUUUAUCUUUUCAUUGUCAUUCCUCUUUAUCGCAGAAGGAUACUUUUUAUCCGUAUAAUUUGAGAAGCAACGAUUAUGUCCUCCUAGCCGAUUAUCGGCUACGGCGGCUGUUCUCGUGUAAGGAGGUUAGCCAACUGCGCAGAACAUAUUAUAAUGCACAAGCAUUUGCGCAGACACAGGUGCACUCACUAUUCCUUCACUCUUAUAGCUCGAUGGGAAGUAAUUUCAUUGAGAAACCGCUGGUGGAAGCGUCAGAGAAAUAAAACCACAAAUUAACGGAAAACUAUUUAUAUUUAUUAACAACGAAUUAGGUAAAAUAUUGAUGUCCAAUUUUUAUUUUCGUUCAUUACAUUUUAUGUACAUAUUUUUAUGAUUUUGAAAUAUAUUUUUUAGAUUAAUUUAUUGCUGCAAGCCCUAGCUUUUAUGAUUUUCAAAUAAUUAAUUAAAUAUAUUUUUUUAUCAGAUUAUAUUGUAUCUAUUGUAUUUCGAGUUUGAUUUCAUUCAUCAUUUUUAAAAAAUCUGGCAAUACUAACAGUCGUAAUGAAAUUCGAAACGCUAAAACACAUUUUUUACAACAAAUAUUUGGAAAUAUUAAUUAAAGUUAAAUGAGAAGAUAUUUUGAUUUAAAUACAAGCAAAAAUACACAAUUUCUUUAUUUUAUUUUAUGUCAUAGAAUUUCAUAAUAAUAAUUAUUAUCUACAUUACAAAUUAAUAAUACAAACAUAAGCGUAAAAGCGAAGAAUUAAAGCGAGUAAAUAUUAAUUAGUGCUGGCAACAUUUUUACAUAACAAGCAAUACUACAUACUUAUUUUUUUUUACUUUUUAUUACAAGUUAAGAGUCAAUUUUUCAAUCGUCAGAUAUUUUUUUUAAGAAUAUUGUUGACGUUUUAACAGCUUUUGUAUGGAAAAUAUGUCAAACCGCCAUAUUUAUUCCGCGGAUACAAGUUAACUGAUGAUUGAAAAAAUGAGCCCUAAUAAGGUAAAUACUUAAAAUAUAAAAUACUAUAAAGAGAAAUACAUAGCCGAUUUUUGUACUAAAAAGGUAUACAUAUAGGUACCUAAAUGUUGCCAUCCGAGAUUCAAUUUAUAUUUUAUUUACAUUUACAUAAAUUACAAUUUUAGUAAAAUAGUGCAUAAAAAUGUCAUUAUAAAAUACUCUUUUUUUAAUUUGAAGAUGCAAAUAAAUAAUGUGAAUUUAACAAAGUAUACACAAAAACAGAUACAAUCUAUCAUCGUUAUACGGCCGUUCCAAAAUUUUAUCUAUCUUUGGUUUUGCUAUCUGGAGAUAAGAAUUUGACUGCGGGAUUGUUCGAAAGAGUUACCGCGGCCCUGGUACAUAAAAGGCCUACGACGGAACACGACGGUUUUUAGUCAGUAAGAGUCUGACACUCCCUCACCGCUGCUAACCCACAGCGGGAGGGGUCAUUUGAUGAUUUUUGAUGUCGUUAAAGAA